AUGCAUCCAACCCUUCAGAAGGACACCACGCUCACCAAGAUCUUUGUUGGUGGAUUGCCUUACCAUACCACAGAUGCCUCUCUUCGGAAAUAUUUUGAGUCUUUCGGGGACAUUGACGAAGCUGUUGUGAUAACGGACAGACAAACAGGGAAAUCUAGAGGAUAUGGCUUUGUGACCAUGAUGGAUAAGCAAGCAGCGGAGCAGGCAUGUAAGGACCCAAACCCCAUCAUAGAUGGACGAAAAGCCAACGUUAACUUGGCGUACCUGGGAGCCAAGCCACGCAGCCCUCAAACAGGCUACACUGUUGGAGUGCAGCAGGUUCAUCCUGUACUAAUUCAAAGACAGUAUGGGUAA